AAAAAUCAGACUGUCCCCCCCGAAGUAGCGACCCCCGCGGAAACGGCAAGAACCGACCGGACCCUUGCAAAGAAAGAAAGGUUCUCCCCGUGCUGCUGUCCCGCUCGAAAGACGACGAGGUCCGAGCGCUGUCCAAGACUGGAGUGAGAGCUUCCCCGCAACGCAUGGCUCGAGCGAGCCGCCACCCCUGACGCGGCGGAGCGUGUCAGGGAGCCUCCCAGGUGGCCCUCCUCCCCGUGGAACCCUUGCCCGAGCGGUGCGGGAACCAGCCAGGUGUCACAGAAGGCCCCCGCAAGCCCUCCGGGAUGGUAGCCCCCAGAGAACGCGUCUCUGUCCCGUCCAGGGGACCCCCCCGCCGGCAGGUCCCGUGAUUGAGGCUCCGGAACAGCGCGAGGCGCCCCGGGGGACACGUCGUUCGGCUGUGGGAUACUCGGACCGUGCGCGUGAAACCACCGACCCCGGUGCCUGGGAUUGACCCCGACGGUCUUCCGUGUUCCGCCUUCACGUCUCAGUGCUACUUGGUGAUCUCGUGUGGUGACACGUCCCGUGUGACACGGCGGCGGCGGCGACUCGCGACGCGCCAGGACUGACUGUCGUCUGGGGGACCACAUGGAGAGGCUCAUGAUGCGGUCCUCUCCAAGCAACUACAAUGACGUCAAGCUCAAGCUGCUCCAGGAGUCCGCGGGGAGCCUGGAAUUCCGCGACACGGACGUGCUGUACCCGUCGGACCCCAACUCCGUCACGUACGCCACGGGCCCCAUGCAGGACGACGUGUACGGGGCCGCCGUGGGCUCCACGCAGCUCGGAAGCAUGAUGGACCUCCAGCACGGCGGCCAGCACGUCCAGGACGCCCAGGGACAGGACCCCGACGGAAAGAAGAAGCAUCCCAAUGGCCGAGCCACGUCUUCGAAUCAAAGUCAUGGUGGCGUGAACCAGCUGGGCGGAGUGUUCGUGAACGGGCGUCCGUUGCCGGACGUGGUGCGGCAGCGGAUCGUGGAACUGGCUCACCAAGGGGUCAGACCAUGCGACAUCAGCCGACAGCUGAGGGUCUCCCACGGCUGCGUCUCCAAGAUCCUCGGAAGGUACUACGAGACGGGCUCGAUCCGUCCGGGCGUGAUCGGCGGCAGUAAGCCGAAGGUGGCCACGCCCAAGGUGGUGGACGCCAUCGCAAACUACAAGAAGCAGAACCCCACCAUGUUCGCCUGGGAGAUCCGGGACCGGCUCUUGGCCGAUGGCGUCUGCGACCAGGACAACAUACCCAGCGUCAGCUCCAUCAACAGGAUCGUGCGAAACAAGGCCGCCGAGAAGGCCAAGCACCACCACGUGUCGUCGUCGAACGGCGGCAGCCCUCAGCCGCAGUCGUCGCCCACCUCGGUGAUCGCCCACGCGCCGGCCUCGGCGCACGAGUCCAGCGCAGCCGUGGCAGCGGCAGCCGCGGCCCUCCAGCGGCCCUCGUACUCCAUCAACGGCAUCCUGGGCAUCCCUAGCGCCGAGGCCGCCAAGCGCAAGCGCGACGACGCGCACGUACAGCAGCAGGUGCACGACAACACGAGGGACCUGAAUGGUGAGCACGGCCUCCACGACGACGAAGUGAAGCGGGCGAGGGCGCAGUACAACGGCGAUCAGAUUUACUCCAAUCUGAGUCCAAAUAUGUGGGCCAAGUGGACCAAACAGGACGAGUUGAAGGCGGGCAUGGCGGACCUUCCGACCAGCAACGGCUCGCCGUAUCACCUGCCACCGCAGCAGCAGCAGCAGGGGCCGUUCGAACAGGCCUUCAGCCCUGUCGUCUCUUCCGCGGACAAGCAGGCCGAAUACGACGUCGCCAUGACCACCAUCAACUCACAGUCCACGGCUGUCUACUCGCCGCCCCUCGGCAGCAAUUCGCUGACCCCACUGACGCCCAUCAGCAUGCAAGAAGUCAAGUCCCUUGUCAACAGCGGGGCAACGCUCAUUGAAACUAGUCCAAACCCACACUCCUACCACCCAGUGACGGGCAGCGCGGUGGCCAGCUCGGCCGUGGCAGGCAUCCCAGGUGCGGACUACGCCUACCCGUCCCCGUAUACGCAGUACUCUUCAGCAGCAGCCUACGGGGCCUACGGCUACGGCUCCAGCGGAAUCAUCAACCCGUCCUACUACUACGCCCACAGCGCCAGGACCGGAUCGGCGGGCACAGGGCUCAGCAGCGCGGGCCCGCUCAGCCCGAACAGUUACAAGGGCGACCGAUGCUGACGUCACCGGGUCCCCUAAGCACCGUCCCGCUUUCAAGAACCCCUGGCUCCCUGGCGCCGCAGGAAGCACGCCAAGACGCGGCCACGAAGUCAUCUUCGACGCCUCGAAAACGAACCUUACCUUCAAGUGCGGUGCGGCAACGGACAGUGGAGCCAACGGUCCGUCACAACGUUGGCCAGGACCAGUCCCGAGGACACUCCUCGCAGAAACCAAAGAUCUUGUGUCCGCCUUGUGGACUUCAUGGACACUGAACGACUCUUGUGGGCCCCUCGUGGCGAGGGCAACGAUCGAAGCGUCGUGCCGCGAGUGCGAACCGUGUGACGGAAAAUGGUUGCUGUUGUGGGAAUCUCUGGAUGGAGGCUCGGUUAGGUUUUUUUGUUGUUUUCAUUGAAGUUUGCACACUCGCCCACAAGGCUCCCUUGAAGAUCCGAGUCAGGGAACGGGUGGAACGUGUUGGUGCUUGCUGUAGCACGCGCGAUUCGGCUUUUGGCGUAUCUUGACUUCUCUUAUUCAGGUUGUGCUCUGUUCUACUUCAUUCCUUUAUAUGACGUAUUGCAUUUUUUUUUCGAUUUUGCGAACAAGUUUUUGAGAUUGCUGACGAAACUUAGGACCGGUUGCUUUCUGUGAUACCUUUUUCGUAUUCCUACUUAAAAAGCAGCGUGUGCUAUGGCCAGCUUAACGUUACGAUCUCCCUCACUUACCAGUUACUCCAAGAUUUAUCAAAUGAUCAGAUUUAAGUUGACGCAGUAUUACGAUUUCUUACAUUUUUUGUGCCCCAUCCAGCGACUUCUCACACAGCCGUCAAGAGAAACAAAAUGCGGUGAACGCGAAAUGUAUGCACGAAACCGCGCAGUUUGCGAACCUGGUUGCGACUUUUCACAACCACAAAAAACGACGCGACCUAUCGGUUUUAAUAUUGUAGAGGAACAAACAGAAAUUAUAUUAUAAAAGGAAACCAGACAUGCGAUUUCCAUUCUCGUAGAAACUCCGAUCAACGCGAAUAUCGCGUGAUACACUACCCAUAGAAUAGAUUUUUUUGUGUAUAUUUAUGUGCAGAGGUUUUUGAUUUUUUGACUUUGUAUAGAGCGAUGCCCGUGGUUGCCGUGCAGUCACCCAAACGAUCCAGAUGGUCUCAUGACAACAUUUGCUCAAGGUUUCUUUUUAUAUGAGUCCACUUAGAGAUUUUCGUGGAAACUGCGGAUUCAUUGAGCUGUUAAGACAUCGCGAAAAUUCAAUUCCGACACGAAGGAGGUGUAAAACAUUGACGCUAUGCUUUUUUUUUUAUGACACACCCGACCAUUCUUGCGGAUUUUAAGCGUUUUACAUUAUGAGUUGUAAGCGUAGAAGAUAGCGCAGUUCAUUGUAUAGUUCACACUGUUCACCUUCGCGUUGCAUGCUAUCGUGCGUGCGUGACGUGCUACUAAUUUAUAUUAUAAGAAAUUGGAACAAAAGAGACAAACCGGGCAAUGUCCGGUGGAGAGCCAACCUUCAAAGUCUCCGAGACGGCGAACGUCGCCCCGUGUACAUUAUUUGUUUGUAUUUUUUUUUCUUCUUCGGCGUGAGUGUGCGAGUAUGCGAAAGUUUGAUUGUGUUGAUGCGAAAAAGAUAUAAAACAGAGAGAAAAAGAAAGGAUAGCUUAGUAACCGCGGUUUCAAGACGACGAUCCACAAAUGUGAAACUCGUGAAUUUGGAGGAACCCAAAUGUAACGGAGGAGUAAUCUUUUUUACUUCUAAAUUUAUCUUCCAAAUGUUGUUUCGUGUUCGAUCGUUUUGGAAUUCAAAAUAAAAACUCUAGUAUGCUUUCUUUAAAUAUUUUGGGGUGCUUUCAGAGAAAGGGUUGAAUUCAGAGAGAUUUGAAAACUGGGGUUCACCACGUUCUGUUGCAUUUGGGUUUCUAUUUGAGCACACCAUUUUUGUUUUCUUGCGUGUUUUCUGUCUUUAGCCUAUUUAUUUUCCGUCUUCUCACAAGGACACACGUGUUUUGUUUUCAGUGAGUUACAAGUCGCAUAGGUUAUGUGACAGUUACAUUUGUAAUUGUACAUUUAUUUUAAGAGUUCUGAAAAACAAGCCUUUGUUUAAUGCUUAUUUUUUAGUUUAAAAGAACCACCGCUGUCUCUUCUGUUUUUGCACCUUAAGACAUCACUUUUUCGUUUUUGAUGUGUUUGUUCUAGAGCUGCACCCUGUGAUGAGAGACACCCUGUAAAUAAAGGCCACUGAUAGUCUUAACGUUAGAGCAGGAAUAUUUGGCGAGCCUAAGAAUGGAAAAGGAUCGCACGGACCUAGAUUAUCUUAAAAUGCUUGCCGACGUAUUUCUGAUAAGAGAGAGAUUAACGAGCUACGAUUAAUUUAUACACACGCCUUCACAUCGUGGUUUUCUAAUGUUGCUGUUCGUUUCAAAGACAGCGUACAAUCACGUCUCGGUUUCCAAGGGUCUGAAUUUUCGCUGUUCUUUUGUUGUCUGAAAAUCUGUUUUUUUAAUUUCAGCCAUCCUGUUCCCGAAUUUUAGUAUAUCGCGUGAUAUUUUAAUUCUACAUAAAAAAAUAUCAGUUAAAAAAGAAACGUAGCCAAAGAACAAAGGAUGUAACGUAAUUCCAAUCAAAAGUUUGCACAAAACCCCUAAGCUCUGGUUUACGUGUCAGCCGGAGGUACUUUAUCGCUCAUAAGAUAAGAAAGUGAAAUGUGCAAAGCGUAUUUUCUUAGAUAACACUCGCACUCAACGGUAGAUGACAUUGCAUAACUCUGGUAUAAUAUCAGGCAAAUUAAAUAGUAGCCAUAUUUGUCAUUGUUAUCACUUUGCUAACAUCAAAUCGUGUAAAUAUCUUGUAUUUUUAAAUUUGGUACACAGCAUUCUCUACAGGAUGCUAAAGUACAAGCAUGCUGUGGAAUACCCACACACGGCAGUAUAAUAAUAAGGCUGAAAAUGAAAUUGAACACGCACAAGCCAGGCCUUAGCAUAACCAAAAACUCUUUGGUAAAAAUAAGAAAAAAAACUCAAUAAAUAAAUGCAUUCCAAAGUUCCAAAUGUAUUAUAUAAAAAUUAGAUCAAGCCAAAGACCGAAGAACAUUGUAAUUUUAACCCACAGCAGGUGAACAACUGAUUUGUUAUAAUAUACUGUAUAAUUUUCUUACGUAAUACCGCGCAAGACAUAGACAAACCACGAUGUGAAGUUUCUUUUAUGAGUAGCGAGCCAUCGCUUAUAACUUAGCCUUGCAUCGGGUAUAAAGCUAGACUCUUAAAAGGUUCGCAAGGAACAAUUGCCAGACUUACGGGGCAGCGAGACUCUGCGACUGCCUCUUGGUUGUAUCUGAGAGAAUGCUUGAAUCAUGAGUGUAUGGCAGCGUGCGUGCGACACAAACCCUGCAGUGACUGUGAGAAAUAAAACUCACCGAGUACAUACACAUACCACAA